GAAAAUUCUUGAACCUACCAGAACUAAAACUUCGAUCACUCAGUUGUCCAGCCCAUAUCCAGUCGCUAUCCUGACUCCCUGUAUUUGCAUGGAGGACAAACGUUUUGUGUUUUAAAUGGAAAACAGAAGACUGAAAUGACCAUUUAACUUCACUGCAUCAACAACAAGUCACUGAACUUGGUUUACAAUGUCAAUUGUGCAAUGCAGUUUAAUAAAUUUUCAUUUCAUCCACCCUGUUGUGUUAAUAUUUACUUGACAGUAUCCAGCUUUACCACCACAAUUGCAGUUCAGUAGUGUGUGAAUAUAGUAAUCACGUCUUUGCCUGAUGAUGGCUUCAUGAGCUCAAACAUGUAGCCAAGCUAAUUUUAGGCUUGACCUUUAUAUUGUUGUGUUGAGACGGACUCUAAUAAAGAAAUUUCAGUUUUAUAAAAGUAAAUUUCUGAUGGUACUUCAUAACAUCUAUAUUAUUUAUUUACAGGAACCUCACAUGAAAUGCUGAGCAACUUGGACGAUACUUCCAAGAAUAUUGUGAAAGAUGCCGUUCAGUUUUAUGAUGUCACUAAGACUGGACAAAUUGAUUACGCCAUGGCAAGUUUAGGUGGUUCUAUAGUAUCUACACGUGAUACCAAGAACCAUGUGUCUUCACCAAGUGAAACUGGGGAACGUUCAGCACAGCAAAUCAUUGAGCCUUGUACCAUGCCAGGUGAGUGCUGGGCAUUUGUAGGUUCAGGUGCUGUUGUGAUUGAAUUAAUUGGUAAGGUGAACGUUAAAGCAGUCUCUGUCGAGCAUACUUCAAGUUCCCAUUCGCUCCCAGGAUUAAUAAAGAGCGCACCAAAGGAUUUCUCUGUAUGGGGAUUAAAUAGCCUUGAUGAUGAAGGACAAUACCUUGGGAGUUUCUCCUAUGAUAUCAAUAGCAGUCCUCUGCAGUACUAUACAGUUCAGGAACCAGCAGCAAUUCCGUUUCGCUUCAUUGAGCUCAAGAUUCACAACAAUCAUGGUAACCCAAGUUAUACAUGCCUUUAUCGCUUCAGAGUACAUGGAAUUCUGGAGCCUCUUGAGCAAGCAUAAACACUGUCCAACUGACAGUGAAUAAUGCUGCAUUAUGCAUGAAAGCUAAAUUUCUCUGCUAAUGACAAGGAAUAUGUACUCCAGUAGUGAAAAAUGUGAUGUCUGUAGUGCAACAGAAUUUUUGGGACACUGAAAUACCCACAUAAUAUAAUUGUUACAAGGCAGCUGGAAACUGGAAUAGUGCAGCCAGAGGAGACGACCGUUAAUAGGUAAUGGCUGAUAAGCACGAUUCUGUGGCAGUGAAUACAUGAUGCUACCAGAGAAAUGGUGGAAAUGGCAUUUCCUACUUGGUGUGACCUGAGGCUGCAUACCUAGACCACCCAGCUAGUUGCUUUAACCUCAACAUAUUCAAUAACAAUUCUAAUAAUAUCUAUUUACAGAUCUCUUACUGUGAAUCUACUGAAUCUAGCACAUAGUGUUACAUAAACACUAUAUGUUGGUUUCAGCAUAGUUUCUAGGCCCUUUAAAAAAACGUAUGGCUUAACUACUAGUGUGUACCAGUGUUUAGACAGAGGCUUUGCAAUGGGCUGAUCACUCACCAAAGGAGUCCUACGGACUGCAAAAAAUGAUUACAUAACUGAAUAAGAGGCCAGGGCCCUAAAAUUUAAAUUAAAAUCAUAUACCCUUAAAUGAACAGUGUGGUUUCAGCAGUAAUUCAUCAACAGCAUUGGCUUCUCUUAAUUAAUAAAUGAAAUUUUGUUAGCCAUGACUAACAAAUUAACUGUGGGUGGUAUAUAGUAUAUGGUGGUAUAACCAUGAUAUCUGCAUAUGUCUCUACAUCCCUUGUGGACCUUGGCCAGUUUUUCAGUUUCUUAAUCUAUACACAGUCACUAGGACUCCUUGGACAUUGGAUCAGCCUGCCACAAGGCCACUGCCUAUACACAGAACGACACAAACAGAAUAUACACACAUCAAAUUUCUUAUCAAUCAAUCUUUUGAAGACUUUUACAAUGCAAUUUAUAACCAAAAACUCUGUUCCUACCAAGGCCACUACUGACUGUAUAAUAGUUUUAUUGUAUUUAUGAUAAUACUUAUUGUCUUUUAUAUUAUUUAUUUUAUUGCUUUAUAAUUUUGACAUGUUCUAAUUAUUUACUUGAGCUCAACUUAUACCUGAAUUGUACAUAUGAUUGUAUUGUACUUAUAUGUUGUUCUGCUUAUCUUGAAAUAUUUUAAUCAAUAUUUGACAUGUUCUAUAUCCUAUGGUUUGUAACGAGUUUUAUUGGAUCAUCUGGAACUCGAAAUAAAUUACAAUUACAAUUACAGACAUUCAUGCCACAAGGGGGAUUCGAACUUACG